GCCAAAUCAACCAAUAUGUCUGAUUUUGAGCUUAACUUUAAGGAGAUUGAGAAGGUGCAUCCAGCUGCUGCAAAGGAUUUGACGCUUGUGCAUCCUAAGUAUUGGAGUAAGGCAUACUUCAGUCCAUGGUGUCAAUGUGAUUCAUGUGACAACAAUCUCUGUGAGGCAUUCAAUGGCACUAUUGUGGAAGCUAGGAGCAAAAGUAUAAUUUCAAUGCUUGAGGAUAUUAGAAGGGCAAUGAUGAGGAGAAUUAGGGACAAGAAGUUGGGAGUAAAUUCAUGGAAGCAAGAAUAUGGACCACUUAUUCAUAGAAGGUUGAUAAAAAAUGUAACAGAUAGCCAUUUGUGGGUGUGUGAAUGGAAUGGAGGAGGAAGUUAUGAAGUGAAAAAUGGGAGAAGUCAAUUUGUGGUGAAAUUGAGGGAUGGAACCUGCACAUGUGGGGCAUGGCAGAUUUCUGGAAUUCCAUGUCCCCAUGCAAUUCGUGCUGCACAUGCCAAUGGUGAAAAACCUGAGGAUUAUCUUGCACUUUGGUAUAGGAAGGAGACAUACUUGAGAGCAUAUCAGGUACCAAUUGAACCAAUUAGAGGGGAGAACAUGUGGCCGAGGAGUGAGCAGGACCAUUUACUGCCUCCUAAGAUGAGGAAGAUGCCAGGGAGACCGAAGAAAAAGAGGAGAAAGGAACAACAUGAGACUGUCAACAAAACCAAAUUGACACGAGAAGGGAGGAUUAUGACUUGCAAAGUGUGUAAGGGCAAGGGGCAUAAUGCUAGGAAUAAGGCAUGUCCUGGUAGGAUAACUUCCAGUAGCCAAGUUAGUGGUUUAACUUCAACAAAUGAACCAAGGAUGAGAAGGCAAACAAGUCAAGCAUCCCAAACAAAUGAACCAAGGAUGACAAGGCAAACAAGUGCAGCCAUGGCCUCAAUGCAGGGAGGAUCUAAUGAACCAAUGCAGGGACAACCUAGCAGGACUAGGUAUGUCAGUCCUUUUCACAAGGAAUGCAGGCCAAAAACCAAGCCAAAAAAGAGGACAUUAUUGACUGGCCUGGGUCUCUACAUUAAUCCUGAUACAGGUCGUUCAAUCCUAAACCCUGGGACUUCUAUGUCAAGGGUAAUUGACCGUGGAAGUGAGAGUAUGAAGAACAAGAAGAAUGGAGUUGAUAGAGGGUCAUUUGGUGUUCAUCCCUGUUUUUGAUUUAUGUGUCUGUUGUUGAUGUUGGAACUGUUUAAUCAGAUUUUGUAGUAUUUGAGGAUGGCUUGUGUAAUGGAUCUAUUGGAAUCAUGUUUAUGCACUGAAUCUAUUUGACUCAUUUUUAUUAAUGGAUGUUUAUGGAUGCAAAUUUUUUGGAA